CCAAAAACCACGGGAAAAGCAACGUCUCUGUCAUCCCCAUAAUAAUAACAACAUUGUGCCUUUGCUUCGACGUUUCCAAUAAAUCCUAUUUCUUGAAAGUCUCUGUUUUUAACUUCUAAUUUCCACUUUCUGCCCAUAUUGUUAUUAUUCUAUACAUUAAAAAAACCGCACUAUUAUUAUGUACAUAUGAGUUCAUUGUAACAGAAAAAUUGCUUAAUGGGUAAAGCAGAGCCUCUUCGCAGUGACCCUUUUCCAGAAAUUCAAAGGGAAGAUGAUGCUGGUGCUGCUUUUGUUCUUGAAUCUAAAGGGGAAUGGUGGCAUGCAGGAUUUCAUUUAACAACGGCAAUAGUAGGACCAACAGUACUGACAUUGCCAUAUGCUUUCAGAGGGCUAGGAUGGGUACUUGGUUUUGUUUGUUUAACAGUGAUGGGAUUGGUCACUUUCUACUCUUAUUAUUUGAUGUCUUUGGUUCUUGAUCACUGUGAGAAGUCCGGUCGCAGGCAUAUCCGAUUCCGAGAACUCGCCGCUGACGUCUUAGGCUCUGGGUGGAUGUUUUAUUUUGUAAUAUUCAUUCAGACAGCAGUCAACACUGGCAUUAGCAUAGGAGCAGUUCUGCUUGCCGGAGAAUGCCUUCAGAUCAUGUACGCCGAACUUUCUCCAGAUGGGCCACUGAAAUUGUAUCACUUCAUUGCAAUGGUUACAGUAGUAAUGAUAUUUCUCUCUCAAUUUCCGUCCUUCCACUCCCUGAGGCACAUCAACUUGGCGUCGUUGUUUCUGAGCUUGGGCUACACUUUCCUAGUUGUUGGUGCUUGUGUUCGUGCUGGUACUUCAAAAAACGCACCUCCAAGGGAUUACUCCUUAGAAGCCUCAAGCCUAUCACGGUUAUUUAGUGCUUUCACUUCUAUCUCCAUAAUUGCAGCCAUUUUUGGGAAUGGAAUACUACCAGAAAUACAGGCCACUCUUGCUCCACCGGCAACAGGAAAGAUGUUGAAAGGCCUUAUGUUGUGCUACUCUGUAAUUUUGGUUACUUUCUACUCUGCUUCUGUUUCUGGAUAUUGGGUAUUCGGAAACAAAGCCAAUUCAAACAUUCUCAAGAGCUUAAUGCCAGAUGAAGGACCUUCCUUGGCACCGACAUGGGUAUUAGGGCUCGCGAUUGUCUUUAUUCUUCUUCAGCUCUUUGCCAUUGGUUUGGUAUAUUCUCAAGUUGCUUAUGAAAUCAUGGAAAAGAAGUCGGCUGAUGCAAACAAGGCUGUUUUCUCUCCUAGAAACCUAAUCCCAAGGAUAAUCCUCAGAACGCUGUACAUGACCCUUUGCGGGUUCUUUGCAGCUAUGUUACCAUUCUUUGGUGACAUUAACGGUGUUGUAGGAGCCAUUGGCUUUAUUCCUCUUGAUUUUGUUCUGCCAAUGCUACUUUACAACAUGACUUUCAAACCAAAGAAAUCAUCUAUUAUCUUUUGGAUAAAUACUUCUAUAAUGGUUGUAUUCUCUUGUGCUGGUCUUCUGGGAUCCUUUUCUUCUAUAAGGAAAUUGGUUCUAGAUGCCAAUAAAUUUAAGCUUUUUAGUAGUGACGUUGUUGAUUAACCUCUCUUUGUUUAGAUGACAAAUGUAUUCUAAUUUGCUUAGCCAUAUUGUAUGAAAGUUGUUGAUAGUGAGGAUUCAUGUAGCCUACCCCAACUAGCUUGGGCUUGAAGUGUUGUUGUUGUUUUUAUGUAUGGAAGUUGUAUAUCUAUCGAACUGCGGGAAUUUGUAUUUCAAAAAGUAGCUUUCUGGUC